GGCCAUGAUGACCCCGCCGGCCGCGCGCCUGGCGCUGGUUCUUCUGUCUUGCGUUGUAUGGAUGUUGUACAGCUGCGCAGACGGAUUAACCGAUCUAUCAGGAUCAACCAAUUCUGGGCCAACAUGUGACACAGGCAACGGAUGGACUCUUCACGGCUCCCACUGCUACAAGAAGAUGGAGACCACCAACGGUUGGAUAGGGGCUUAUCUCGACUGCCUCUGGGAGGGCGGCGACCUUGUCUCCUUCACCGACGAGAACGAGCAAGACUUUGUGAAGGGGCAAAUGGGCGACAAGCCGUUCUGGAUCGGACUCUCCAAUCUGGUAAGACCAAAGUGCUAG